AUGGCGGAAAUCAAGGCGAUCAAAGACCAGAUCUGGUACAUCAAGCGCGACAUCCAGAAUGAAGAGAAAAAGCGCGAUGAGUGGGCGGUCACGAUUUCACAAAUGGAAGCGGAGUUGGCUCAAAUGGGUCCUGGUGAUGACCGUGAGCAAUGGGAAGCCAUGAAGACAGAGGCCGAGCAAGCGGUCGCGACGCAUGAUGCAGCCAUAGCAGGAUUCCAGGCGCAGCUUGACCCUCUCGAGGCUCAGCUUCCGCAAGCGCCUGAGCCUGCUGCACCCAAAUUUGACCCCGAGAAGCAUCCUCUUCUGAGGAAGGCCGUGGAAAAGCAGGAACCUGAAAAGCCUGUAACCUUCAACGCUGGCGACACGUGCGAGGCGCAAUGGACAGACAGGUCGUGGUACAAGGCAAAGAUUCAAAGCAAACUUGGUUCAGCAUCCGCGCCAAAGUACCUUGUGCGUUUCCUUGAGUACGACGAUACUUUGACUGUCGACAGCGACCGUGUGCGCCCGCUACCGAGCAAGAGGAAGCGCGAGCCCGAGCUUGCCGCUGCACCUUCACCAGCAACCCCUACUACCUCGACUCCGCACGUAAUCUCGGGCCCCGCCAGUGUCAACCCGAACUCGAACGCCCACGCAGCAAAGCUUGGCGCAGCUACCAACGAACCCAAGCGCGUCAACCGAGUGCCCAACAAAGGACAGCUGAAGAAGAGCGUUGGAAACUGGAAAGAUUUUCAAAGCAAGGGUGUUGGAAAAAAGAUCGCGAAGAAAGAUUCCAUGUUCAGGACAAGCAACGCCUUUGGCAGCAGGGUUGGCUUUACUGGCUCUGGCAAGGGCAUGACUGAAACCCACAAACGCCAGCGCUAUGAUCACAAGAAAGACGCUGACGAUGACGAUGAAGCCAAGUUCUGA